AUGUCGGAUCCCCCUGUCUUGAUCGUCGGCGCAGGCAUUAGCGGCCUCAUCCUAGGUCAGUAUCUCCAAAGCCAAGGGGUUCGCUUUCGAAUAUUCGAUCGCGAUUCUGCGUUAGAUGCACGAUCAGGGGGAUGGGGACUUACUUUACACUGGAGUCUCCCUGCUCUACGUCAAUUGCUUCCUAAACACAUACUUGAACGUUUCCCUGACACCUAUGUCAAUAAGGAGGCUGUGGCUCGAGCGGAUGUUGGAAGCUUCCAGUUCUUCGAUUUGAAAACAGGCGAGGCGUUGUACAACGUCCCAGCGGAAGAGAGGAUUCGUGUCAAUAGAGGGCGACUGCGUGAACUAUUGACGUCUGGACUGGAUGUUCAGUGGGACAAAACUCUCCGGGAUAUCGAGUCAUGCGAAGAAUCCAUCACUGCGCAUUUUGAUGAUGGCACGUCCUAUACUGGACGUAUGCUAGUUGCUUGCGAUGGCGCUCGGUCGCGUGUUCGUCAAAUUUUGUAUCCGGACAGCGAGAUGAAUAAGCUCCCCGUGCAGCUUCUCGGAGCAUCUAAGCUCUAUACCCAGGAUGAGAUGGGUGGCGUGGAGUUGAUUGAUCCUUACAUCUUCCAAGGAUCACACCCCGAUACCAACGUAUUCCUUUUUUUCAGCUUCCUGGAUACCCCAAGCAACUUCGAGGAGAGUAGCAAAGACCAGUACCACUGCCAAAUUAUUGUUUCAUGGGCAGAUAGCAAGGGAAUUGUCCUUCCAGCCAGUGGUCCAGAUCGCAUUGCGCUCAUGAAGAAACUGACCGAUAACUGGGCUGAGCCGUUCCGCUCUUUGGUACAGAAGUUGCCGGAAGAUGCUGAAGUGAGGUCAAUUCGGAUCGAAGAUUGGAUGUUUAAGCUUGGAAAUGAGCAUAAACAUCCGCGGACAGUUCUUGUGGGUGACUCUGCUCAUACAAUGACUAUGUUUCGAGGCGAAGGUGCAAAUAAUGCCAUUGUGGAUGUGUUAGACCUUGUCAAGAGAGUUUACAUGCAGAAUCCUGAGUCAUUUGCUCUCAACUCCUUGAAGAAUUCCUUGGACGCGUACGCGAACGAUAUAUUCUCGCGUGCCGAGCCUUCUUUUCUUGCAUCACGACAAGCUUGCAUAGAUGCGCACGACUUUUCAAGAAUCGAAGGAAGCCCCUUGGUGACGGCACGAGUGGUCAAUGCUCGGAAAGAUCAGAUAAUUGACGCAUAUCACAAGUGA